AUGGUUUUGGCAAUGAUAUCGAAACUACUGGUCCGUUAUGUGUCCCCACAGGCGGCCGGCAGCGGUGUCGGCGAAAUGAAGCAUAGAGAUAGUGUCGUUAUUUUUUUCGGUCCGAUCCUAUUGAAUGGGAUUUUUGCUGCAACCAUAGGUGCCCUAUUCUUGCGCCUACUGAUCGUUUGGUUUCAAUUUGAGGACAACAAUACCCAUAUAUUUAAGACAAACUUUCGUAGGGAUCAUCCAUAUGAAACCCUCGAACUCCUGUCGUUUGCACUUUUGGGUGUCCUAUCGGGUAUCAGUGGCUACCUGUUUGCAACCUUACAGCGCUCGAUCGUACUGUUCAAUAGGAAACGUAGCCGAUUUCAUGCCCUAUUGCAAAACUAUCCGCUGGUCUAUCCCGUACUGGUUAUACUAAUUCUAGGCCUACUAUCAUUUACGCCCGGUUUUGGCCAAUAUUUCGGGUCAUGGAUGAUGUCGGCCGAACAGACAAUGCACGAACUGUUCAACAAUGAAACCUGGGGUCUGAUUGCCAACCAGAUAGAUACCGAUCCCAUUAUCGAUAACUGGCGUACACCGUCUACAUCCAUAUACACCCUGUGCUCGACACUGCCAGUACCUGCCGGCCUAAUAGUUCCCAGUUUUAAGAUCGGUGCCGGACUUGGAAGAUUUUAUGGCGAAUGGAUGGCCUAUCUGUUCCCUAAUGGUAUGAAUCCCUACAACAAUAGGACUGAUAUAACCAUAAUUCCGGGCGCCUAUGCUGUGGCCGGUUCAGCAGCUUUUGCCGGCGCUAAUACCGGUGUCAUAUCAUCGGCGGUAAUCAUAUUCGAGGUAACUGGCCAGAUGACCCAUUUGCUACCCGUGCUGGUAGCCGUAAUCGUUGCCAAACUGGUAGCCCAGCGACUGGGGCCGUCCAUCUACGACAAUGAAUAUGUAUUUACUAUUGAUUGA